CGAGCUUAACGAGCGCAAUAACGCAUCGCGAGCGUGGAUGGAGACUUUUCAAGAAUCCGUUACUGAUGCCGAGAGGAAAGAAUAUUGAGAAUCGAAAGAGGUAAAGGAGCGUCGAAACGAUAUUAUUGUCAUUAGAAUAAUACCAUAAUACUCGUAUUCUUAUUGGCAGAGAUGCGUGGCAUCACUCGUCGAGACGGAUAGUAAUUCGAGUCACUCGCACGUUUCUCACGGUGGAUAAGGCGUUUCCAGAUUUUUCCAGAUUUUGAGGAGGACGAAACUCGAGGAGGAGGAGGAUUGUCGGACGGGUUCUCUGUCGUCGAUCGGUUAAUUAAGUAGCAACGAUGACGUUCAGUAAUCGUGGAAAGUUUAUGGAAUACGCUCGCUCGUCGUCGGGACUACGUUUCUUAAUUAAAUCUCGAAAUAUCAACCGAGCAGAGAUCACGUUUCUCGCGUGUAAUCUUCUUUGCUCCGAGUUUUGAAUUUUGCGAGACGAGAAAUCGCGUUGCCAUCGACUAUUUCCCCUCUCAUCUUUCAAUUUACUUGAAAUAAGAAUAUCAAUGACUCGUGUUGACGAUAUAUCGAAAAGAAAAGAAGAAAAAAAAAUAGAAGAGGAUCGAACGAGAAAGUGGUAAAGGCAGGGAUCUAAUUCUUUUAGCCAGGAGAUUAUUUUCGACAAAAAUUUCGAAAGAUUCGCUUUAAAAAAUAAUAAGGAAUCCCAAGUUUACACCGACGCGUAUAGUUGAAAAGUAAUAUGGCGGUAAUCGGGUCACCGUAUAUACUCGGCGGGAUCUAGCGCAAACUUAUUUUCCUUUUCCUUCGUACACGUGUUACCGUGGAGAAAAACACGGUCGUCAUAGCGUGGGGAGGGGAGGGGGGGCGGACAUCCAAUAUCCCCCCUCCCCAGCCAUGAAAUUCAACGGCGGUGUCGCAGCAGCUAGCACAAUAGAGUGGGUGUAGAAAAAGCGGAGCCGGGACGCGCGAAGAUGUGGGAUCCAUUAGCGUUCCAUUUCGAGCUCUGUUCCUAUUAAAUUAUAAGAAAGCUUGCUUAACACGUUUAUUUAUUUAACUGCUUGUCGAUCGGCCUGCAACGGCGUCCUUCUUGCGAAACGUUACGUAUUGUAUUACGCGUAUUGGCGGGUUGCUUUCGAUUCGAGAGUUAUAAAAUGGCAGAGGGGAAGGAGAAACAAGAGGGCAUUAUAUCGAGAAACAUAUUGAAAAGAAACUUGUCAGCGUCAACGUCUAACUACGUACAAUGUUAUCGACCGCAGGAGUGGCCGAUUCCUAUCCAACGCAUUUUUUUCUUUUUUUUUUUUUUUUACGUAUACUAUUAUGUCAUCGUGUUUUAUUGAAUAUCUUACCGCCAGACAGGAGCCGGAGAUUGCUAACUGAUUGAUCACGGCGACGAUUCUCGAGGAGCCUGAGAAUUUCAACUCGAAAAAUUGGGAGAAGAAUUCUUUUCUUUCUUUCGACGAAUGAAAAAUAUUCGUUUGAAAGUGAGAGAGGGGGAGGAGGAAGGAGGGAAGAGGUCCAGCUUUGUCAAUAAUUAAUGGGAUUAGGAUGGGGAUGGAUAUCGGAGAAAAAUAUUUCUAUAUUUCUCCUGCGAAGGAGGAAGGAAAUAUUUCAAGAAUAAACGAACCUUCUCUCCGUUACGCUCACGAAGAAUGGUAUUAACGGAAGGGGUUCUUAACGAUUCGAUAAAAAUGCAGCUCGAUAUUGCUGCUCCUUAAUUAGAGUAUACGGCGAGGUACGUGAUCGAGUACUAUUCGUGCUCCUUCCUUCGAAUAAUUCUCGAUGAAAUAUUCACGCGAGAUGGUUGCAAAUCGAAGUAUCCUGCAUUCUAUCUCUCCCCUCGAGGGGACGAAGCAUUAUUAGGGCGUUUAUCGGGCGGGGGGGACUGUGCGAUAUAAAUUUAUCGUGGAAUUAUUUUCAGUCGGAAUGCCAUUUAUUAUUAAUAGUAUUGUCGAUAUCGCGAUACUUUUCUCCUAGAAAGAAACUCGUGUUUCCAUAGUAGUCCAUAACUCGCCGAUUCAAAUAUGAAUGAAUUCUUCGAUGCGCGAAUGGGGUAAAUGCGGGGGUUGAAGGAUAAAGAGAGAGAGAGAAAAAGCGUUUGUUUUCGUUAUUCUCCAUUUUGCGAAAUUACGAUAUCGCGACGCGAAUUGUUAUUUUUUUUUGUCGAUUAUUAUGACACACAAUGUUUUGAAAUAAGAAACAAUAAUAACAUCUACGAUUACAAAUUUAUCAUAUCGUUAUAUUGAAGUAUUAAAGUUUAAUCUCCCGAAAAAAUUCUUCCUCACGGCUCUUUAUUCACCGUUUCUCCGCGUUCGCGUAAUUCUGGCUGAUAUCGAUUCGAGAUCUUUCGAGGCAAAUUAAUUCCAUGAAAGACAUACGUGUUCGCGUAAUUAUGCAAGCCCUUUGAAAUCGCGCGAGGGACCGAGUCGCGAACCGCUCUCUGAAUUUUAUACCAACGGGUCAUACAGCUUUUAGAGCACUUGAUAUCAAAAUUUAUCGUUGAACGGGUUUCGUGGAGUGUGUGCUAGUUAAUUUAACAGUCGAUUAAUAUUAAAGCUUUUCAAAAAUGGAGCAUUUGAAAGUGGAAAUGUGAAGAGUUUAUAUUAAUUAAUAUGGGAAAUAUGCGUUUCGAGGAGAGGAGAGGGGGGGAGGGGUGAAAGAAGUAACGUAACGCAAAAAUUUGUGUGAUUUUUUUCAUAACGUAUGAUUUAUAAUAAUUUAAUUUAUACGUGUAAAGAAGUCUAUAUAUUGGAUUAAUAAAUAGCAGUAAUAGCAGUAAUAGCAAAUGUAAAAAAUGAUGUUGAUGAAUUUCAAACAAGAUAUUUCAAAUUUUCUUUUCCCAAAUAAAAGGAAUAUCCUUCUAUUGACAGAUAGAAUUAAAAUGACAGAAAAAAUUAAAUAGAUUAAUCUCCUUUCUCUCUCUUUUUCUCUUUCUCUUCCCAAUUUAUAAACUCUUGCCGCAUAAUUUCAAUUUCUUCAAUUAUGGAAUAAUUAUUCUUCGACUAGUAGAAACUCCAAUUCUCUCUCUCUCUUUCCAAUCGCAAAAUUGUCUACAGCCGUAAAAAAAAACAAGAUUAAUAAUGGAAAGCAUCUUGAAAAAAAUUUAAAAUCCAAUAAAAUCCAUCGUUACUUUCUCUUAGAUAGAAAAAAGUUGGCUCGACAUCUUCACGAAACAAGCGUACAUCUGGAUAAAAAAGAAAUGAAGGCCCCGCUUCGAACGAUAAUAAAGUAGAUUCGAUUCCCCAAAAAAAAAAAAAAUGUAAUGAAAAAGAAAAGAAAAGAAAAAAAUUGUCAACCUUCGUUCCCAAAGAUGUGCCAAUAACGGAAAUUAAUCGAUACGUGAAGUCCGUUCUCCUUGACCAGGUUUCGUUUACUGCACGAACGCAACGGCGCAGCGAAUAAAUCGGCUUUUUAUGCGGACCGCAAUUCAGCGAUUUUAUGCGGAGCUUUUUACGCAAAUAUCCGUGACAAUAAGACGAGUGCCAUUGCACAACGAUCCGCUAUUGUUUCUCCGUCCUCGUGUUAAUUUCUCGGGUAAUAAUUUUUUCACUUUAUCGCUUUCCUAUAAGCGCACCCCCGCGUGCAUUAAGGCGGCGCGGUGGACGAGAGCGGAGGAGGUUUUAUACAUGGCGGUAUCCCGAGUUACGAUACCGCUUUCCGGCAUAAUAAAAAAAGAAAAAGGAAAAAGAAGAAAGGGAAAAAGCUGAGAGAAGAAGGGGAGGCUCGAUAGAAAAGAACGACCCUGCUUCUUCGAUCGCGCGGCUCUCGAAUGGUUUAUUCGCGCCGAGCUUUAGCCGAAGAAAAAUAAGAAAAAGAAGGAAGAAAGAAAAUAGAAGGAGGAGGAGGAAAAAUGUUUUAAGAGUCACUUGUUUGUCAUGUGCACGCGUAUAUCUGAAUAGUCCGCGCUACUGCGUUUCGCUACACGAAGCCUCCAAGACACUUCACGGUUCGUUUACCUUGGCUACGGCCGCCUACUGCUGCAAUAGCUGCCCCUUCAGCUUCGAAACCUUUUCGAAGCUCCCUGUAUCAGCUCGUUCUCGUGUUACGUUCGAAUCGAUGGAUCGAUGGGUUCGCGUUUCAGGGAUCAAUUCUUCACUCCCCGAGUGUUUUUUUUUCUCCCAUCGGAGAAGUCUGGCGCAUUAAAAAUUUCAUUCGAUCGAACUCCGCUAAUGGCUAAUUGGGGAAUUCGAGGAAAGAUCGAUUCCGAAUUCUGCUCUGCUAAAAUUUUCCCCGUGAAAAGUUUAUCAAAAGUAACUCGCGUGGAACGAUCUCGGCCCACUUUUAAAUAUUACCGGAUGGAAUCCGAUAAAAGAGAUCCAUAAGGACUUCCCCCGCAUCUGAGAACUUGAGAAGAAAUUUCAUGUACACGUAUUAUCUAAAAUUUUCGCGGGACGACGAUGAAGAUCGAAAAAAUUGGGGCAACGAAAGCGAGAAAAGUUUAAUCGAUCAAAUUUCAGAGGAGGGAGAAAUUUUGGUGGAACGAGGGCGCCACCGUGAAAAGUGUUUUCACCAGUUUCCAAUUCAACCGCGCUCUCCUCAAUUCCGAAAUGAUAAACGACGGGGUGGCGGCUCGGAUUGGCGCGUUGUCGUCGCGCGGAAUCCGGCGCAAUUAGGAUCCGACCAAGUAUUUGUUCGUUAAAUCGGCGAAAUGAAAGCAAACUGCACGCGUUAAUUUCGCCGGACGAUGGGAUCCAGCGAUCCAGCGAACGAACGAUCGAUCGAUCCCUCGUCAUUAGCGUGUCGAUUCAUCCCUCUUCGCGCGAGUAUAAUUAGAAUAAACGUUCAUUAAUGUUCUCGCGAUUUCGCAAUCAGCUAACCGUAUUCGCGCUGUUCUCGAAUCAGUUUUCGAGAAGAAUUUUUGUCGGAGCGAGUUGAAAUUAAGUAAGUGAGAACAUUAACGAAGGAAGCGAUGAGAAGAGAAUACACGCGUUUCGAGAGAUUGUUAAAAAACGAUACGUUUAUUUUCCUCUUUUUCCUAUCUCGAAAUCACGCGCGCGGAAUUUACUUGAAAUAAUGGUUACAUCGUCGUCGACUGAUUUCGAAGGAUGGAAGGAAAAGACCUGGUCGAUCGAAAUUCGCUAUCGCAAAUCACCCGAAAUGAACGCCCUCACGAAUCGCUAUAGUUCUCGCGGUGCGCUCGCGAUAAGCGUAAUAAAGAGUGGGCUGAUUUGCGCCCCGUCAAUACGCGGCCUGUUAUUCGUUUGUUUUACGCGUCAUUGGCAAAUGUUCGGUAAAUCAGACACAGAGAACUCGUACAUCGACCAGGAAUCCGAUUUCGAAUCCAGCUGUCGCGAAUAUAUCUUUCCACGAGCGUUUUCCUAAAUUUUUUUUACCCAUUUUCACAUGGGGAAAUAAAUGAAAAAAAAAAAGAAAAAAAACAUCAAGCUGAUGAAGCUUUAUGAGUUGUCACCAGUGUUCCCGAAUUUUCGAUUUUCGUUAAACGUUUAUCCGCGCCGACGUGCAUCCGAAGAUCGAAAAUAGAACUGUUCGUCGAACAACGCACGGAUGUGUUAUCCAUAUUACCAAUAUUGUUAAUCUAAUGCCUCGUGUUAGAAUUAUUUUCCCAAUUGUAGCCCAGAACGAUGUAAAAUUUGCAUUCGUGGAAAUGGUUAGAACAGAAGAAAAGUGGUUACGUUCUUAUCUUAUGAUUUUUCGAAUUGUCAUUGUCUUUUAAAUAAUUAAUUUUCCUCGAUUUUCAUUUAACCGCAAUAAAAUAUCGAAUAUUUGGAUUAAUCAGAACCUAGUAGUACAACCUUUUCGUACAACGUUUUGCGAAUGAUGAUUUCGUUACCGAAUUACGGUGAAUUAUCAAACUGGUGGAGGUCUCGCGAGCGUAAACUGCUGCACGAGCGCGUAAUAGGUUGCACUAAUCAUCUCGGCGAAUGCGACAUUAAUUUUCAUUGGGCCGAGACCUUGGCUGUCAUGUCACCUUUCGUCGCUGUCCCAUUGGCAACAAUGUCGCGCGUUAUUACCGCCCCCCUUCCCCUUUACUUUUUAUCGUAUUUCCAGGAGAGAAAAUUGGCCCCCGUUAACCAACGGCCGCCAACGCUCUGAAAUCGCGGCAAACUUAUUAGAUUCCCUCCCGCCCGCCGCAGGGGGGGCAGAGGGAGACGUGGAGGAUAUUUGUGGAAUUUUCUCAUUAUACUACCAGAUAUUCACCGGAAACUUGAAAAAUUAUCACGGUUAAUCUCGGCCGGGAUAGAAAUUGAUGCGCCUCCCCAAUCAUUUUUCCGCCGCUUAUUAGGGAGAUGCUUUUAAAUUCGACUCGUGGAGAUCGGCCGAGCAUCGUUCUCGUUAAUGAAGUCGAGUCGAUACGACUCGAGGGGGGAGGGGGGCCAGUCUCUCUUUGCACAGGUGUGUGCGCGCCACGACUCGCCUCUCCGUUUCGUAACGUUCCCCUCGUGUGUGCUACGACGUGUAGCGUAAGGGUAAACAGUUUAAUGAAUAUUUAGCAACGACCAGGAAAGUCGUUUUUUCAACAAUUCUUCUUCUUCGAAAAAUCGAUUGUUUUAUUCUUCUUCGGAGAAUUUUUUUUACCCACGCGAUGUAAGUUUGAUCUUAAAAAUAAUAAUAAACGCGUGAUUUACGAUUUUUCUUUUACAAUUAAUUCUGCGAGGGGCCAAUCGGGGGCCCGUUUUACCUUUUACGUGAUACACGAAGAUGCGAAAGGAUCUCUUACAUGGAUCCUACGUGGGCCAUGGUACGUAGCUUUGCCAACGAGAACGAGAACGUCUCUUCGGGACGAGACGUGACCCGAAGCUGGAAAAAUUUUUCUCGCGAAUAUAUCGCACGUUAUUUCGCGUGUGGAACGCGACACAUAGAAGCGGACGUCGGGUUUGAGCGCGUCCUGGGCCAUCAUCAUUUCGCAAUGCCUCUCUUCCCUCACUGACAUUUGACGUAUCCAGUAUAAAUAACGUUUGCUGCGUCCAGUGCAAAUAAUCAUUUAAUAAAUGCCACGUCUCCACGCACCUGCGGCUUUGAAACUUGACAUUUAUUUCGCGGGGAUUUCACCUGGAGAAACGGCCUGCCCGCAGAAAAAUACGAUCGUUGCCGGCCUCUGCCUCGGCUGGAGAAUCGGACGUUGGACGAGGGAGAGAGGAAGGGGAGGAAAAGAAAAAAAAAAAGAAAAGUAAAAAGGAGGGUAUCCGUGACAUGUAUAAUGUCAUAAAUGUCACGCUUAAUUGCCGUUCCGUAUUUUAAGUCCUGGCGAAUAGUUCUCGUCGUUCUAAAAAUCCACGGUUUGGAAAGGAUAAGUAAGCAAGUAUUUCGAAUUUUUGACUUUGACGGAUUUUGUAUACCCGAAACGAUACGGAUACGAUUUAAUUGAAACGAGUUUUGUUCGGAGUUUCGAUCGAAAAAAACGAUCAAAAUUUUUGCAUGAUAAUUUUAUUUGAAAUUUUUAUACGCGCAACGGCGAGGAGAGAUAUCGUAUCGAUAAAUGUGAUUAUAUAUGCGAUAUGUAUAUUGGAAAAUUUAUAAUGAAUAACAAAAUUGUUGCAAAAAACAUAUUUUUGUCGCCUAGUUUCUUUGUAUUCGCGUGUACUCUUUCAUUCUUCGUGGAUAGUUUUUACUUUUUUUUUUACAUUUCAACGAAGAUCCAUUUAUAGGAGCUCGAUCGAUCGAAGCUUCUGUCUAACGAAAGCUUCCAUUAUCUAAACAAUCAUCGAGCAUCGAGCUAUAGUUAUGUAAAUGUUUCUAUAUAAUACAGUGGAUAUAAUACGCGAUCGAAAGGAUAUAUCGCAUCAAUUGUUCCGAAUUCGUUCGUGCAAUACGUGUUAUAAAAUUCACGAUGCAUGAAUCCAUUUAAGCAUUAUGCAAUUUUUGCGCUCGCCAACUAGUUUUCUAAAUUCUUAAACUUCGAAACUGAAACGUUAUUAUAUAUUUACGGGCAAAUGUUUGAUGGAAUUCACCUGUACAUGAAAGUGAACUGUUAAUUAAACGAAAAAUCAUAGCGAGGAAAAUGAUGUGGACUUUUACCGUACGAACGAUCUGGUUCUACGAAAUUGUAUAAUUAAAAAUUCAUCGCGCUUGUCAAAUAUAGAAAAUAUAUGUAUAGAGAGAGAGGAAUAAAACGUAAAAAAAUAUUAUCGAGAUUCUUUUCAAAUUAUCUGUCGCGCAUCGUUCACCUUUCUGUUAAAUUCGCGAUACAAUUCAAAUCAUAAACAAAGUCGAAACCAGUCCGAACACGAUUCACCAAUAAUUUUAAAAGAUAUUUUAUCCCCCAUCGAUGAAUUCACCAAUGGAGAAUAUAUUUUAUUACGUGUUUCGCUAACAAAAAGAAAGUAAAAAAAAAAAAACUAUAAAUUCGCGAAUUGGCAACAAAAAUAAAACCUCGUUUCACUGCGCGCUUGGUAAAUACGAAGAGGGAAAGGGAGGAGGAGGAGGAAAGACAAAAAAACUGUCGUAACGUUUCCGAUUAAAUUAAUCGAAUUCGUAGCCGGUGGCUUCAGGUGUGACUGUGCACGGCUUCGAAACUGGUCGGAUUGGUGGGCUGAGUUAACGGUGCACGCAAGGGCCAAGAACCUUUGGUCGUUGUAUGCACCUGGAAUACAUAUUGGCCGCUUCGAGCACUCGUACCUAAGCAAUAUUCCCUCCCAGCUUAUUGUUCCCGAACGUGGCACGACCUUCGUCAAAAUUGACUGCCAACCAAGCAUUUUGCAAAUGUUUCUUUCCACUAUUCAUCCGAGCGUCACGUUCCAGUGAAUCUGGUCCACUCGUCUCGUUGCAUUCGAACCUGCCAUUUCACGCAAGAAAAUUAACCCCCCGUUCGAUAAUUGCGGGCUCGUUCGCGAGCUAUCUCGAAGAGAAGGUGGCUGGCUGGCUGGACAAGUAAUACGGGCGAAACAAGCGUGAAAAUUUUUGUGGAAAAAUUUCGAAAGUUAAAUCCUAAGGGUGCGAAUACAUUUGAGAGUAAAAACCCUCGAGAAUUGCUCUUAAGAGAAUUUUUCGCAAGUGGGAAUUACGCAGAGAAUGACUUGUCCAACGGCUCUGAUUUUCAAGUGCAAAUCUCGAGAAUUUCUCUCUUUCUUUCUUCCUUUUUUUUAACACUUUGAAAAAUAUAUUCCUGCACCUUAAGCAAUUUAAUUUCACACCAGAUGAAGAUAGAACAUGACAACGCGGAUAUAAAUGCAGCACGCACAGCCUUCUCCAUCGACACGUUUUUACACUGUCGACUUUUAUUAUGUUUGUUUCGGCCGCGAAUAUAUCAAUAAUUUCGAUCUAUCUGUAAAUUUAUACGAUAUGUUCCACCUCUCGAUUUCUUUUUCUACAACGAAUACAGAGAUACCGCUGAAAUCAACUAUUACCCGAGCUGGCUGGCAUUUUAACUUUUUUCCACGGGUACACGGCCCAGAGUAUCGACAACGGUCGACAAUGCAAAGCUUGUUCGACGAGAGACGUCGAUAGGGAAAUCCUAUCUGUCGUUAUUUCGAACGUGAAACUCUGCAGCAGCGAGGAGGAUACGUCUCUCUCUCUCUUUCUCUCUCUCUUUCCCUCUCUCGUUUCGAGAAUUUCGUUUUAUCAGAUUUAUCGAGUAUUUGCUCUCCCGGUGUAUGCAAAACCGGAAAUCGUUGGAGUUUAUCUCGAUAAAUAAGCCGCGAGUGACCCAAUAACAUUAGCGAUCAUAUCCAUAUGAUAUUUUCGAUGCGAAUAAGUUUAGAUAGGGGGCGCGUGCGACUGUGUUUGAAAAUGCAAGCGUGAAUGGCUUUACCCACCUUUAUCCCGAAAAUAGCCUCGUUGUCGGCGCGAGAGGAAGCGAGAGAGCGCGUUCGAGUCGGUGGUGUGAGGGAGAUAUUGAAUUUGUAUCGACAAACACCUAUUGGCAAUCGAUCGAUCCCAAGGGGAAAUUUUCCUUUCCCUUCUCCCUUCUCGAUGGAUGGCGCACAGCCGUCUUGGAAAAGGGAGGGAGGGAGGGAGGGAGAAAAAAAAUAAUGUUGCCUUCCUCCUACGUUUCCGCCGAUAACGCUAUUAAAGAGAAUCCGAUACUUCGUAUUACGGUGAAUCGAUUUUCAAGCUUUUGGCUCGUCUUCCCGCGAAAAGCAAAUAUUGCGAGAUAAACUCGGAAUCGCGAGUAAAUUAUUCGUUUCGAAUUUUUUUUUUUAAGCGAAUCUUUCUCUUUUUCCAUGUUUUAAUCCAUGUUAUUUUGUUUUGUAAAUGUCGAUCGGUUGAAUUAAAACCGGCUUAAAAAUUGCAACAUUUAAGCAGAUUAAAAAAUUUAUUAUUUAUCUUUUAUUAUGGCUCGUGUUGUACGAUUUGUACAAUGAUAACGUCAUACGCGUUUCGAGCAAAAAAUUGGCUUGCAAAAAUCUUUAUCUUUUUUCUUUAAUUAUUUGAGUAGCGCGAGGAUUGAUUGAAAUAAUUGAAAGAUCAACAUGUUUAUAACGCUCGAACAAGUUAUCUUUGAGAUAGUUGGCGAUGAGUAAAGUUGUUGAAGGACAAAUUCAUUAAAUUCAAAGGAGGAUUAUUAGUUUUCGUUUCUCAACAGAUAAUAUUGAUACCACCUUCGUUCCUUUCGAAAAUAUAAUUCUUGAUCAAACAAAAGGUCGAGAGAUUAAAUGUAUUCAAACACAUAUAAUAAAUGUUUCCGAUCUCUAAUGUAUUCAUCCUCGUAAUUUAAACGGAUAACUCGUAAUGUAUGAUAAAUAGAAAAAACGGACGAAUCUAAUUCGAUCGAUCUCUAAAUUUCAAAAAGCAUCCAAACGUUAAAUAUGCCGCGGAAAAAUAUCAGUUGAAACUUAUUUAUCGAGCUUAUAAGCCGUUAAUCACCCCAAUCGAUCGUUUCUCUCCCAAAAUCCGUUGUACACAGGUGGAAAAAACUGAAACGAUGGCGGAUUCGCGAGAAGAAAUUUCGAUUCGCGUGAAAUUCGGUUGGACACCGAGGACGGAACAGAGAGGAGAGAGAUCGUUUUGGACAAACGAGGAUGGCCGACGUAACGAGCCCACGAGGAGGAAGUUUCCACAUUGCGGAUGGUAGAGGCGCCUCAGGCGGCGCCUGGCUGCGAGUCAAUCGCGCUCCGAGUGUAGCUUCGGCUACCACCGAAUUCAGUCCACGGUGUUGGUUGCCGCUGCUGCUUCGCUGUGUCUCGCAUCCUCGCCACCUCGCUUCGUGGUCAAGGUGCACCCGUGGUCACGUGGUUAACUUACGAAAGUGUAACAGGCAAACAAAACGGGUAACUGGGUCGCUCGUUCGUUCGUGCAACACCGUUCGCAACACGGCUCCGUUUAUUCGACGCUGCGAGAGAGAGGAAGAAUCACAUGUGCGGUGUGCGUGCAACCUGCUGCGGCUCCCUCGUUUCUUCCACGUUUAUCCCCUCACGUGGUAUCGCGCGGUGCUACGCGGUGUCACUUUCGGUCGGUCGCGUGUGAACGUGGAAUCGUCUCGUGAAGAUAUAUUUCAUCCUUGAGAGUGUUCUCCCUUGAAGAUCGUCGCGAGAAUUGUCCAAGAGGACACCUGUUCCCCUCGCGAUAAUAAUUAAGUCUAAGAAAAAAGGCGGCUAUUGUUCGCGAUUUUGGUAAGUGGUCUGUGCUACGUGAACGUGGUGGAUGACGUGACUGUCGAUGGUUGUACCCGCCACCGCUGGUUACAUGUUUUCGAGAGGAUUAGAACGGAAUCCGACGAGGUGGAAUUAAUGCAGCGCAACGAUAGGUACAAAGCGAAUCGUUGCGUGAGCGGGGGCGGUGGCCGCGGGAACGGCGCGACUGGCACCGGAGGCGGUCUAGGUAACGGAGGCAGCGGCCGCGGGGGCGGCGGGGGCGGUAGCCCCGGCAGGGGCGGCGGCGGAGGCGGCGUUGGAGGAGGAGGCGGAGGUAGGAACGGAGGAAUAGACGGUGGUGCGAUACCCGCUACACCACCGACGAUCAGCCGUUACCACCACCGCUACCAUCACCACCAUCACCACCACCAUCGUAAUCACGACCACGUCACCACGACCACCACGGCGGACGCCACCACCAUCACUGGCGUCGCCUGGCACCUCAGGCACAAGCUACCCCUUGGAAAGCAGUGCCUCGAACACCGUCUUCAACAUCGGCAUCACCAUCGGUCCCCCUAUCGGGCCUUAAACAUGGGCCAAAAGAUUUCAGGAGGGGUUAAAAGCGUGACACGCGAGGCUACAGCAGGAGCUGUCGGUGGAGUUGGCGUCGGCGGUGGCGGCGUCGUAGCUUACAAACCAGUGGUACCAAGAGAGCUGGCGCAACAUUUUGCGAGGCCGCCACGGCUCGAUGUCCUGCUCGACAUGCCACCCGCCUCGCGGGAAACACAAAUUCAUCAUAGCUGGAACGCUAACGAUCGUAGUCUCAAUAUAUUUGUCAAGGAUGACGACAAGUUAACAUUUCAUCGGCAUCCCGUGGCUCAAAGCACAGAUUGCAUAAGAGGGAGGGUAGGGUACACGAAAGGAAUGCAUGUCUGGGAGCUGUUCUGGAGCACGAGGCAAAGAGGAACGCACGCCGUAGUGGGCGUUGCGACGGCAGAAGCACCUCUUCACAGUGUGGGCUAUCAAAGUUUGGUGGGCAACAAUGAGCAAAGCUGGGGUUGGGAUCUCGGUAGGAACAAACUGCUUCAUGAUUCGAAGAACAAUACCGGUAUAACUUAUCCGGCUCUUCUUAAAUCCGAUGAAACGUUCAUUGUUCCUGACAAAUUCCUGGUGGUCUUGGAUAUGGACGAAGGCACGUUAGCAUUUGUCGUUGAUGGCCAGUACCUUGGCGUCGCGUUUAAAGGCCUGAAAGGCAAGAAACUUCACCCCAUUGUAUCCGCUGUUUGGGGACACUGUGAGAUCACGAUGAAAUAUAUCGGUGGUCUUGACCCCGAACCUUUGCCUUUGAUGGACCUCUGUCGAAGAGUGAUCCGGAAACGAAUCGGCAAAGAUAAGAUAGAAGAGAAAGUGAACGCGUUGAGCCUGCCGUUAGCGGUGAAAACUUAUCUCCUGUAUCGUGACAGGAGGUAACUACCGAGUGCUAGCUCCGUAAAUAUUACAACCACGAUUACGACUGUGAACACCACUGCGCUAUUGAAUCGUUGCCACCACGACGCACAGGGGAACGCCCGCUACCCCGUCGCAUGCCACCGAGCACACCAGCCCAUAAGCCGCUUGUACGAACCAUGGUGUUUCUAUCCAUGUCAAGAUAAGUCAAGACGAACACGAUCUUCGUGGUCACGUACGUUGUCGUCAUCGUCGUCAUCGUCGUCGUCGUCGUCGUCGUCGUCGUCUUCGUCGUCGUCGUCGUCUUCGUCGUCGUCGUCGUCGACGACAUCGUCUUCGUCGUCGACGACAUCGUCAUCGUCUUCAUCAUCUCUAUCAUCGCUGGCAUGAUUUUCGUCGUCGUUCUCAUAUGUUCAUCAUUCUCGUUGUCAUUGUCGUUGUUAACCUGAUCGUUAUCGUCAUUGUCGUUCCCGAAUAAAAUCAAGAUGUGCACGCUAAUGUGAAGGAAAGGAAAGAUUUUUAAAAAGGCACGAACAUACGGGACACAUACGCGAAUCGUAUCGGGACUAGCGAAUUAUUUAGGUGAUAUUGUUGUCUUGUGUUAACGUAUGCGAUUAAAAUCGUGACGAAGUCUUUAUCAAUUGUUAAUAAUGAUAAUUAAUAGAAAAAAAAUGGCGCACGAUGCAUUUCGAUAAGCAUUUCGUGCACAUCGCUCGGCGCUAUUAUCUUUUUAUCUUUUUUUUCUCUUAUUUCGUUUUUUUUUUUUUUCCUUUUUUUUUUCUUUUUUUUUUAGUAAUUUUUUUAGUUAUCGCGUUAUUAGAACGUUCUGCGUGUGACAAAGAAGAUACAAGCUAAGAAAUAGAGGACCAGAUUAUAUGGACGGGAAUACACACACGUGGCUCGGAUAGAGAAGAGAGAUCGACAAGAAGUGAUCGCAAGAAGGAAAACAGCUCUUCAUAUAGUUGGCCAGUAAAACGUUACACUUAGUCGAGUUUGAAGGCUGAUAACGUUUCGUUUAUUAAUCAACAAUGGGUAGCGGGCUCGUUCUAGUCCAGCCACAUUGCGCGAAUAAGAAACGAGGAGAAAUAAAUUUCUUCACGAUUUAAAUGAAGAGGAAAUAUCGACGAAACUUCGAAAAGAUUUCUUAACCGCACGACGCGGAAACAAUUAUUGUUCAUACGAACUGUCAAAAAAAGAAAAAUGUGUGUACAGUGAAAAAAGCCAGCCGAUCGAACAGCCACCUUCCAAUAGACUCAUUUUUCAAGUAUUUUCUAAGCAUGCUAGGUCUAAUGAAAUAUAGUGGUAUGUAUGAUUCGUGGAUGGACACGAAAGGGAACGAAAGAGAACUUUAAGAUAUACAUAUAUAAAUAUAUAAAUACAUAUAUAUAUAUAUAUAUAUAUACAUAUAUAAAUAUAUAUAUAUGAUUUAACAAGUAACACGCCUCUGAUUUUUCGUAUUUUGUUUUAUUUUGUUUAUCGUUUAGUUAGAAAAAGUCCCGAGAAAAGCAUACGUAUCGCAGCUAGAAAUUGUCUCUAAACGAUAUAUUUUAGCGAAACGCUAAGGUAUGAACCACGAAAUUUAUGGCGUACACGAUUAUCGUAUUUGAAUAAAACUCGAGAAAAGUGGACGAGAGACAAAAAUAUAAUUACCUCGAUUAAGUUGAUGAAAUAAUAAAAAGAAGAAAAAAAAACAAGAAGAAAACGAUGAAGAUUAGUUGUAAACAUUUAGAGCGAGCAAACGGUUGAUCAGAUUCCAAACACGAAUUAAAACUGUCUCGAGGGGAGAAAAAGAGCUGCCUGAGACAUCGGUGCGCGAGAAUGUUAACGACUGUAUUAUAACGCUGAAGAAAGAGAAAUCAUGGCGACGAUCUAGAAAUAUGGUCACGAUGAUGAUGAAGAUUGUGAUGAAUGGGAUAAUGAUGAUAGAUAAAACAAUUAUAUCGGGCGUGUUGCUACCUAUACUAUUAGCAUGACAAAUUAUGACUGGUCCCUAGUAACUCUUUAAUCUUACGUUUGUCGCUUAAGUUUAAUGAUAAUGUGCCGUUUAUCGGCAAUGUCGAUUUGUACAUAGGGUAUAAUUAUAAUAAUAUCUAUCGGUACGACAAUGAAUGUAUUGUGGGUAGUCAUUGUAUCCAAGACCGUAAGGACGAACCGAAUGCGAGAAAAAGAAAAAGUAUAUAGAAUUCUAUCGCAUACAAAUAACGCAGAGGCAAAAUUGUCAAUGAAAACAGCUCUCCAUUUUUAUUUUCCAUUUAGUCACGAGAGAGACGAAAGUUUUCUUUCUUUGGUUCUUUUUUUUUUUUUUUUUUUUUUUUUUUUCAACUUUCGAGAGACGAAAGUAAAAUGUUUUACUUGAUACCACGCAUCGUUGUUCAUUCUCUCUCUAAAAAAAAAAGCGAGUUUUCUUGCAAAGCUCGUCUUUCACAAAAAAAAACACGUCUUCCAGUUUGUCUGGCCAGACAUACGGUUGCAUUUUUUUAUGAAACGGAAAAGAAAACUGUCCUUUUCUUUUUUUCCUUUUUUUUUUCCUUUUUUUUUUGUUAUAUAUAUAUAUAUGUUUUAUAUCGUGGCCACGUUUCUUUUACCAUUCAUUUCAUUUAUUUCUAUCGAUUUAAAAGCCGUUCUCAAAGACACGCACGAUCUCGCAAUCGGCAGCCAUUGCUUCGUGAUCUUGCGGUCCUCAAUACGCACACCCAAACUCGCUGUUAGAGCAAUGUUCACCUUCACUGUCUUUGCUCGAUUCUCCUCUCGGUCGAGGCCUCGGAAGCUUCGGCCAAGGGAGAACGCGAGAAGAGGAAAGGAACAAAUUAAAGAUUCGUGGCAAAGGAAAAAGAAGAAAAGGAAGAAAGGAUGGAGGAGGAUCUAAACGGAUGGAAAUAAAAAGGAAAAGAGUGAGAUUGUACGAACGAGCGAAACGAAAAAGUUCUUCUUCGCACGUGUUAGUUGGUCGAGCGAUAAUGCGCGCUGCAACGUGCUUCCUUCGCGCAUCAACGCUCGUCGCGAAUGUUCGAAACUUAUAGCCAUGUAUAUUUCGGGCAACGUGUGUGUCGCGUGUUGUAUCGCGUAGCGGUGAAAAAAAUGAAUUUACCGCGAUCAUAGUGACUCGACGUCUUCGUCGUGGUUAUACGCCGUUCGUCGAAACUUCUGCCUCGUUUGUAAGAAAAAAAAAAAAAAAAAGAAAGAAAGAAAGAAAGAAAGAAGAAAAUAAAAUUAAAAUAAUAAUAAUAUAAAGUAGAGAACGGUUCUCUCUCGAGCGCGACGCGGACGUCGCGUGUAUUAUCUUGUAUGCGUGAAACCAAGUGGAAGUAAACAGAGCACAUAAAUAGCGAGUAAAAGAAAAAGAAAUUGUAUAAGGUAUAUAAAAAAAAAAAAAAACACGUAUAUAGGAAAGAUUUAAAAAAUGCGAGUGUUGGACACUCGUUUCUGGACGCGCGUUUCGAAAAACAAGAGAAAGAAAGAGAAUGAGAGAAAUAUCACCGACGAUAGUGCAGUGUGAGAGAGAAAGAGGAAAAAGGAAGUGAGAUUCACACACAUACACGCGCGCGCGCGUCGAGAAGACAUUAUCUUUUUUCCGCGAAUCACACUCUCCUCCAUCUUGCUACCGUCGUGUUGUACCUAUAUUAUUUUCUAUAAAAAAAAAAAACAAACGAUUGAUUUUUUUUUCUUUUUCGUUUUUUUUUCGUACGCGUGUCACGUUCCAAGCAUAUGAGACAGAACAAGAAAAAGGUAUAGCGUUUAGAAUGUUGUAUAUAUUAUUAAUUAAUGAUUAAUAUUAAUAUUAUUAUUAUUGUAUCGGCUCGAUAUAGUUUAAUUGAUUAAUCAAUUAUAUCGUGUUAGUCGGCAUAAUUGUGGAUUCACUUUUUGUACGAUAGGAGAAACGAUCUAAUUAAACGCGAUCGAUCGAUCGACAGUGUUGGAUUGAGAAAGAAAGAUUGGGCAUGUUCUCUUCGUGGCUCGUCGUUCUUUUUUUUCCUAUUUUUUUUUGAUUUUUUUUUUUUUCUUUUUCUUACUUUUUUUUCGCAUCCAAGCGACGACGCUUCCGAAACGCACCCAUGAAGAUUUGCCAUUAUUUAAAUCGCAUUAACGAUUGGACGAAAGAUGAUGGAUUACUGCGAAUAAAGCAAGUAAAAAGUAAAGAAACGUGUUUUUAUACCGCCGCGUAUUCGUUCCAACGCGUUUUCUCCUUUUUUUUCUAUAUAUACACAUAUAUAGCAUAUUUUACGUGUCUUCCAACUUUACGUUCAUGAUUUUGUUUGAUUUUUUUUGUUUCUUUUUUUUUUUUUUUUUUUUUUUUUUUUUUUUAAUUUGAUUUUCUGUCAGUUUUUAAUUUAAAUUAUCUUGUUCCUUUUUUUUCUCUUUUUUUUUUUUCGAAGGCAGAUACAAUAAUUUUCCGUUGAAGUCUGCAUGAUUUUUUUUCUUUUUUUUUAGUUCUAUUGUUUGUACAUGUUGAACGAUACCUUCUUUCGGGUUGAACACAUUUCUGCUUUCGAUUUUGAUAAUAACGUUAUAUUUGUUUUAUAUUCGGAACACAUUUGUCGAUAUUGUUUUAUCCACACGAGGAUCGAUCGAUCCGAUGACACAAUCGAGUCAACUGUUUUAUAUUUUUUAAUCAUAUUUUAAAAACUUUAUCCGUUUGAUUCACGUCUACUACUUCCGUUGUUAGUUAUUUUAUCGAAUUUAGAUAUGCGAAUCAGGAACGGACAAGAAGGUUAGUUUAAGUAAUUUUCAUUACAUAAAGAGAGAGAAAAAAAAAAAGAAGAAAAAAGCCGAUACCUCGAUCGAUCGAUCGCCAGAUCGAUCGUCCAACAGAAACAAAAAGUCGCAGGGGAAUAUCUUGGCUUGCGAUCACCGGAAGAGAGCGGCGAUUUUUCGAAUUGUCAACUUUUGCCGCCGAAUAAAGCGUGUUCGAAAACCAAGAAAAGGAAAUAGAGUUGCGAAAACAAAAAUGAAAAAAAAUAUGAGUGUUUCGAGAUAUUUUUUGUGAACUGUCUGCCGCCUGCCUGUGCAAAACUACGUUGCCUCGACAAAUGUGUCUAAUUUAUUGUCGAUACGAUAAUUAGCUGGACUUUUAAGCUGCGUGCGUGCAAAGUGAUAAUCGAGAGAAAGAGCGAGAGAAAGAGAAAAGAGAUAUUGUGUGUGUAUGUAUGCGUGUAUACAUGUGUGUACGAUGUGCGCGUGCGGAUGUGCGUUCAAUGUGAAAGAAGCGGGCAAACAAAAGGGUUGUGUGAGAAUGGAUGAAAGAAGGAAAAGCCGGAACAAAGAAUGCGAGCGAGCAUUGCAUCUGGCACCGGAUGGUCUUCGAACCGAGUAUUCGUUCUUUCCCAAUUCUUUUUGUUUGUUUGCGCGGCAAAAAAAAAAGAGAAAAAUGAAUUCAACGCGAUCAAGAUGGAUAAAAUUUAAUAGAAAUUUCUUCGUCGUCAAGAUAAACUAGUAGUAGAUUAUUCGAAGAAAAAAGAAAAAAAAAAAGAUACAGAGAAGACGAAAUACGAAAAUAUUCCGAGGAAGUGGAUUAUUUUUUUAAGUUUGGAAAGGACAGCGUGUAUCGAGACCACUUCCGGCCCGGUUUGCGAGCCUGUUUCACACACAAUGUUCUUUUUCUCUUGUGUUUUUUUUUUUUUCCUUUGAAGCCUGGACUAUUGCAACGAGCGAUCUCACGUCUAUUUAAGCAUAAGUUUACGAGUUUAACGUGGUAUUGCUGUAUAGUGGCGAGUGAACACGAAGAAUUUAUAAAUAUGUAAUGCCUUAAUGUUAUAUAAACGAUAAUAAUGGUAUAGCGUUACUUGUAUAAUUAGUUGUGACGCGAGGCUGGAUACAAGGAGGAUCGUGGUAAGAUAGAUAGAUCGAAGGGAGGUGGUAAACAGAAAGAGAGGAAGAGAAAUAACGAACGAACGAAGAAAAGAACGAGAUAUAUAUUGAUGUGAAACAAGAGGACAAAAGUAGCAAACAUAAAAGGGUGAUGCAGUAGGUGCGGCGGUUUGUCUCCAUUCUGUUCGUGAUUUGAUAUUUUUUUAUAAUUCUGACGACGAGAGAGAACGAGAUUGGAGAGAAAGAGAGAGGGAGUGAGUAUAAAUGGAGCGUGUAUAGAGAGCGGACUGCUAUCUAAAAUAGUUCAGGCUAGAUGUCGAUGUUUGUAGCAGAUAAAGAACAAAAAAAAAAAAACACAACACAGCAUAUUGUAAUUAAAAUUAAAAGUCAUUAAUACC